UAGUCUAUGGUUAAGUUUGUAAACUAAAAAUUAUGCUAAAAUUCACAUAUAACCGCUGCUGAAAGUUGUCUUUCAAUAUCGCUAGAUCACUACGAUUUUCUAUAAACUUGAUAUUGUUUUCUAAACUAUUUUUCAAAAUGGUGAAACUUACAAUUGAAUUGAUACAAAGUUCGAUGCAAUAUAUGAAUCCGUGUCGGGAUCGUGAGUUGGACUUAAGAGGUUACAAAAUACCUCAAAUUGAAAAUAUGGGCGCCACUCUCGACCAGUUUGAUACAAUUGAUUAUUCUGAAAAUGAUAUUCGCAAAUUGGAUGGGUUUCCUUUAUUAAAGAGACUAAAAUGCAUGUUCUUUAAUAAUAAUAGAAUUGUUCGAAUUGGAGAAAAUCUAGAACAGUAUUUACCAAACUUGGAUACACUUAUCUUAACAAACAAUAAUAUAGCUGAGCUUGGCGACUUAGAUCCAUUGGCUUCAUUGUCAAAACUAAAGACAUUGUCUUUGAUGCAUAACCCAGUUGCAAAUAAACAACAUUAUAGAGCCUAUAUUGCUUUUAAACUACCUGGACUAAAAUUAUUAGACUUCAGAAAAAUAAAGCAGAAAGAAAGGGAAGAGGCAAAUAAUCUGUUUAAGAGCAAGAAAGGAAAGGAAAUGCAAAAGGAAAUUAUAAGAAAAGCGAAGACAUUUGUUCCUGGAGGCAAUAUGCCAGAUCCCAAAGUCACAAGUCUUACACCCCAAGAAAUUCACAAGAUACGAGAGGCUAUAAAGAAUGCUUCAUCCCUCCAGGAAGUGGAGCGGUUGACAAGAAUGUUACAAGCUGGUCAAAUACCAGGACAAAAACCUCUACAACCUCCAACACAGACCAAUGGACAAGAAGUGGAAGAGGAGAUGGAGACAAAUCAAAAUGGCCGAUAGUUAGUAAGGUUUGGUAUAGUUUAGAUAUUAAGUUAUAUAAGGGACAGAUACGAAACUUGGUCCAUGCAAGCUGAUUGGAACAGGUUAUUAGGCGAAAAGAGAACAUACUACACUAGAUCCUUUACAUCUUGAAACUACCCCUUUUUAAUAAAAAGUUUUUUAACAAU